AUGGCAGAUUGUAAACCAGUUAGCACUCCAAUGGAAAUAGGCUAUAAAUUGACCAAAUCUGAUGACUCACCUGCAGUAAAUCAAUCUGAGUACAGAUAUGUUCAAGGCACUCUAGAUUAUGGUCUUUGGUAUCCCCGUAAUAAUGACUUCACUCUUGUUGGCUUCACUGAUUCUGAUUGGGCCGGUUGUCUAGAUGAUCGUAAAAGCACCAGUGGAGCUGCCUUCUUUCUUGGUGAUUGUCUUGUUGCUUGGCACAGUAAAAAGCAAGAUUGUGUCACUCUGUCCACCGCAGAUGAUAUUACAGUGACAAUUGACUUUUCAGGCAUUGGAAUUUCAUUACAGUGGCAUAAGGCAUUUUUUUAUUUGGGUUCAGAGGAUGUUGUUUUUCCUUACAGGUUUCCAUAUGACAAGGUUCAGUGUUGA